AUGAGUAGCAUUAACACUCUGUUCACCUCUAACGGUCACCCAUAUCGAGUGAGUUUCAUCCAUGAUGCAAGUAUGUUCUCCACAAUUCAAGAGGGAUUUGGUUUGCUCAAGGAAGUAGAAGAAUCUUCCAAUGAUGACAACUAUCCUGGAGAGGGAGAUAUAUCACAAGAUGGGGUUUGUGUAGAUAACGAAGAGAUUCCUGACAAGUUUGAAGUUCAAAGGAUCCAAUUCCUAAGCAAACUUCAACCUCAAGGUGGAAUUCAUCAAGCAACAUUAGGUUACUUUCCUUAUAUAUAUGUUCGAAUCUCUGCGAACUCCGAUAAAAACUAUUCAAAGUGGGAAGAACCGAAAUCUCCUCGAGAAUGCUCUGAAGAGAUCCGCACGUUUUCCGAAAGAGUCGAGAGGAACAAUAACGUCGACGAAACCAUGAUACAUUUGAUCGAUACAUUUGAUCGUGAUCCUGCUGGGAUCAUGUACCUCAAAGAAAGUGUCUUUCAUGUAACCGGAGAUCCUUAUGUUACCGGAGAUCCUCCGAAUUAUAUCAUUACGAUGUCGCAAUAUCAGGUAAGUAAGAUAGAGACUUAUCCGAACACCGAUACUGUAUCACGAGAAAAAUUGCUCGAAGGGAAAGAAUUGGUCGAAAUUGAUUAUAAGGACAAAGAUGAGUCGAUUCCUCCUUUUAAGAUCCAUACUAUUUAUGUGAAUCAAGAUCUGAGCCAAUAUGUCAAGAACAAUGAAAGGGACGUAACAAUUGAGAUUCCUGGUUUGGUAGUUGAAGAUUACCAUCAUUUGGUUUCACCCGUUCAGAUCACUUUGGCACAUGUGAGGACCGAACAGGCAGAGUUUGACGGGAGCCGAUACUUGAUGUCGGAAUUACUAGAGAAUCUUCGAUCUACCCCGUCAUGGGCAAACUACGAUGUUUUGUCUAACGCUUACGGGAAGUCCAGUAACGCAAGCCAUCUGGUUGGAUCGUUGUAA